AUGUACUCUAACGGCCGCGCGGGCGGCUGCGGGGACCAAUACCCGGAAUACUUCUACCGAGAGGUGGGGACUUUCGAGAGUGAGCUGCGCAGCCACGCCGACGGUUACGGGGUGGUCCCGGCGCCGAACCGCGGCCGCCCCUUCACCUACACACCGGACACGAUCAGUGAGGACGGACUGGACACGGGCGGCUUCGUCAGCAGUGGUAGCGCUGUCGGUAGUGGUGUUGGUGUCGGUGGUGUCGGUGGUGUCGGUGGUGGUGGUGGUGGUGGUGGCAACGGCGGUCGAGCGGACAAGCCCGUGUUCCCCGGCUCGCUGCAGCUGCAGGACAGUAAGCCGGAUCUCGUGGAGGCCGCCGAGGGCCGCAGGUCGCCCGGCGGCUGUGCCCAGCAGCUGUGCUCGCGGACUCUGUGUCGCAUCCCGCUGGUACUAGCGCUGCUGGUCACACUCGUCGUCAUCUUUGUCAUCAUUUCUAGCAUUCUGCUGCUGCUCAACUAUCUUCCACUGGAGGCGCGCAAUCUCGCCAAAGGCUCCUGUGACGACUCGAGCUGCCCAUUCGGCGGUCAGUGUCAGACCGGUCCGGAUGGCCGGACCUCCUGCUCCUGCCCGGAGCGGUGUCCGAGCCGGUACGAACCCGUGUGCGGAACGGACGGCGACACCUACCACAACGCCUGCCAGUUGAGACUGCGCGCCUGCCAUCGACAGGCAGAUGUGCGCGUCGCCACCGCCGGAAAAUGCAAGUCGCCCGACCCGUGUCGGGACGUGCUGUGCCCGUUCGGAGGUCGGUGCGUGCCCUCCGGACUGACGUUCAGCUGCCGCUGCCCCACCGACUGCCCCAGUUUCGGAGGGAAGCCGGUGUGUGGUAGUGACGGGGUGACCUACGACUCGCUCUGUGAACUCAAACGACAGGUGUGCAUUCAGAGGACCAACGUCACCGUCAAGUUCAACGGACAAUGCGAUCCGUGCGCCUCAGUGAGCUGUCCGAAGUACCAGGUGUGCCAAUUGGACGCCUCUCGGCAGGCCUCGUGCCGCUGUAGUGACCACUGUGAGAGGCGCGUGGCACCCGUCUGCGCCAGCGACGGCCUCACCUACGAGUCGCUCUGUGCCAUGCAAGUGGAGGCCUGUCGCAGCCGACGUCAGCUCAAAGUCAUCUACCAGGGAAAGUGCAGCUCUGGUGUGAAUCCGUGCUCGGCCCUGCGCUGCUCCGAGUACGAGCGCUGUAAGAUCGACCGUGGCGGCGUGGCGCGCUGCACGUGCCCGGACACGUGCGAGCCCGUGGUGCGUCCCGUGUGCGCCAGCGACGGCCGCACGUACGACAACACGUGCCGUCUGGAGCUGGAGAGGUGCCGCAGCGGUCGAGCCAUGCACGCGCUGCAUUACGGCGUCUGUGGCACCCAGGACCCGUGCGCCACCCACCGCUGCCCGUACGGCGGUGUAUGCCGCUCCGAAGGACCGGGGUCGGAGCCCCGCUGUGACUGUCCGCGCUGCUCAGACGAGUACAGUCCCGUCUGUGCCACUGACGGUACCUCGUACAAUAACGAGUGUAAACUGCGCCUGGAGGCCUGCGAGAAGAGGCUGGACCUGCGGGUGCAGUACAUCGGACUCUGCACGAACGUUAGUCUCACUCCGAGUCCUGAAAUCGACAUGACUCUGCCAAUGCCGGGUGACGAGGGAUGCGAAAACAAACACUGUCCUCACUACGGUAUCUGUGAGAGUCGACCGAACGGGGAGGCGGCCUGCACCUGUCCGCGUACCUGUGUACCGCACAACGACCCAGUGUGCGGCAUUGAUGGCGUCACAUAUGCCAACGAGUGUGAGAUGAAGGUGGCGGCCUGCAAUAAGCAGCAGUUCGUCACGUCCGCCUACAAAGGAGACUGCGACCUGUGCCAGCAUGUGGUCUGCAAGUUCGGCGCCCGCUGCGAGGCGGGCCGCUGCGUUUGUCCGACUGACUGCCCCAGCGCUGAUGACCCGGUCUGCGGCACCGACGGAGUGACCUACAACAACGAGUGUCUGAUGCAGGCGCGCGCCUGCACGGCCGACCACCAGCUGACCACCGCCUACCUGGGGCCCUGUCAGGACACCUCCACAGGGCCGCAGACAGUCGCCGGGGGGCCCGCCGACCUGCUCCUCUGCAAGGACAUUCGCUGUGAGUUCGGAGCCACCUGCACCACGUCGGUGGACCGGCUGCCUCGCUGCACCUGCCUGUUCAACUGUGAGGGCGAGGAUGGCGCGCCGCCGCCGGCCGAUGGGCCGGUGUGCGGCUCAGACCUGCGCCUGUACCCGUCCGAGUGUGUCCUGAGGAGGGAGGCGUGUGAGCGACAGCAGCAGCUCAGCCCGCGGCCCAUCGUCCUCUGCGAGGGACUCACAUCAGAUAUCACCAUAUCGCCGUGUUACGGCCUGGAUCCGGUGACAAACCCGCUCACCUCGGCACCGUACGACUGUUCGGACGGAGCCGCCUGUCCUCCCAGCGCCUACUGCCACCGCUCUGCCGACGCCGCCGUCUGCUGUCCUCUGGCGCCCGCCACCGUGGCGCCCCUGGACACCGUGGACGCCCCCGGCGCCCCGGACGCCCCGGGCGUGACGCUGCCGGCGCCCGGCUGCGCCAACUCCACUCACGGCUGUUGUGAGGACGGUGUGACGCCCGCGGCGGGACCUCAGGGCGCCGGGUGCCCAGCCUCGUGUCGCUGUCACCGUCUGGGAGCCCUGGGGCCGCAGUGUGACCCGGUCACCAAACAGUGCGCCUGCCGGCCGGGCGUCGGAGGGCGCCGCUGCGACCGCUGCAAGCCCGGCUUCUGGGGGCUGCCCAAGAUCGCGCGCGGCAACCUCGGCUGUCUCCCCUGUGGGUGUUCAGCGUUCGGCUCUGCGCGGGACGACUGCGAACAGUCCCGGGGCUACUGUGUCUGCAAACCCAACGUGUUCGGAAACAAAUGCAACAAAUGUCCACCGGGCCAGACUCUGCUGCCACACGGCUGCGGGAAAGGUGAACUGAAGACGAGCGCCGCCAGCUGCUCGGAACUGGCCUGCUAUUUCGGCGCCGCCUGCAUUCAGAGGACUCCCGACCGCGCCGAGUGCUCGUGUAACCUGACCUGCCCCGAGCCGGAGAGCGAGCCGGGGGGCCCACUGGAGCAGGAGGUGUGCGGUACUGACGGCCAGACGUACCGCAACGAGUGCCAACUGCGCCUGUUUGCCUGCCGCGGACAGCGAGAUAUCGCCAUCGAGGCCUACGGACGCUGCACUGAUAAAGACACUUCUCUGGAACCCACCGGCAUUCCGUUCCGGCGAUCGACGCUAUUCCAGUCUGCCUUCACCGAGCAGUCGUCUCCAGCCGCGGCCAAGUCUACCCGGCACCUUUUACCGGAGUACGAGAGCGGCUGGUACUCGGGCCGGCCCACGACGCGGGACGAUUUUCUGGUGCAGGGCUGGCUGGGCAGUCCGUGCGGAGCGGACGCGGAGUGUCGUGUCACUCUGUCGGAGUGUCGGGAUGGAGUGUGUCAGUGUCAGACUGGCUAUCAGGAGGCGCCCAACAGACAACAGUGUACCGCGAUGACGCCGCCCAUGCUCACCACGGAGGGAGUUACACGUCUGGUGCUGAACCCCUGUAUGAGCCGUCCCUGCCUCCACGACGGCGUGUGCCAACAAUCGGAGACAGACCACGAGACCUUCAGCUGUCUCUGCACAGCCGAGUGGAGAGGGGACACCUGUCAGGAGCCCGUCGGUCCGCCGACGGUGGCGCCUCCAGCGGCGGACGGCGACAACUACGAGCAGCCCUCGUUCUCUGGCCGCUCCUACCUGACGUUGAGGGCUCCGAAGGCCACCAUCAAGCUGCAGCUGGAGCUGGAGUUUGUCAGUCACGCCGCCGACGGCCUGCUCCUCUACGGACAACAGAUGGAAAACGGCACCGGAGACUUCAUCGCUCUGGCCCUGGUGGAUGGUUUCGUGGAGUUCCGGUACGACAUCGGUAACGGUCCGGUGGUGAUCCGCUCUCUGCAGAGAGUCUCCCAGGGAGAAUACCACAAGGUGGUCGCGCGGCGGUACCACGGGGACGGUCAGCUGAUUGUUGAUGACGGAGAGAGCAUUCACGGCCAGUCGGACGGAAAGUGGCGCUCUCUGGACCUCAGCGAGAUGCUCUACGUCGGACAUGUACCCAGCAAAUACGACAGAGUGUACGAGAACGCGGGCACUGUGUUCGGCCUGGUGGGCUGUGUCCGCCGGCUGCGGGUGGGCGGGGCGGCGUCAGCUGACCUCCGGCAGCCCGGGUCACGUGAUAUCACCUCGUCACGGGGCGUCACCGAGUGCCGCAGCGACCCGUGCGCCAGCCAGCCGUGUCAGAACGGAGGGCUGUGCGUGCUCACCACCGGUCACCGCUACCUGUGCGAGUGUGCGCAGCACUUUACUGGUGACCACUGUGAGAAGACUACCGACCCGUGCAGCGCUUCCGACGCCUGCGCUGCUGGCGCCACCUGUACCAGUACUGGGAACAGCACACUGCAGUGUCUGUGUCCGCCCGGCAGAUGGGGCGACCGCUGUCAGGAAGCUCGCACAGACCACAUAUCGGACCCGUUCGUGCCGAAUUUCGGCGGCUCUUCGUACCUGCAGCUGCGUCCUUUGCGGGACGCGGGCCGAUCCCUGGAGCUGGAGCUCUGGUUUCUGACCCGAUCACCCGACGGCGUCCUGCUCUAUUCCGGUCAGCGGCAGACCAGCGGCGACUUCAUCGGACUCCGCCUCAGCGGAGGUCGACUCGAGUUCGGCUAUGACCUCGGCUCAGGAGCAGCCAGCAUCAA